CUAAAACUGAAAACUCCACUUUCAAAGAGCGUUCACCUCCUUUCUGGUGUUAACAUUCUUUCCUCGGUGAACCUUAGAAAAAUGAACCAAAGGUGGUUACUCUCUGUUUUAGCAUUCAUUUAUGGUGCUUUGGCAGAAGAUGAAAGCACGGAAGAGCCAUAUACAGAGGAGGAAUUUGUCGACGCUGAGAAGCCUGGAAUGCUUAGAAAGGUUAGCUGGCAAGAUUUCAAAAUUGAGUUAGUCAUUUUGUCUUUGUUUGCUUUAUAUGUAAUCUCUUUUGUUACAAAAAAGCGUAAAAAUGCCGACUUUGCUUCUCGCUGGUAUAACUCUUUGCAAUCCAUGUUUCGUAGUCAGUUUGCGCAAUAUGGUCCUGGAAGAAAUAUGUCGCCCAUUAUUGAUGUCUCUCCUACCGAGUACUCUUCGUAUCUCACAGGUAGAGUGAAUGUAAAGAAUGUUUACACUACUUUGCAGCUCUUUCCUCGUCAAGAUCUGUUUACCUAUGGUAUAAAUCAACUUGUCGAAAUAGUCUUAGGAAAUGUCAUGUCUCCAGUUUUACCUGUUGCAGACCGCUUCCAAGUGUUACUCAACCUUGGCAAUCAUAGCAAGCCUUGGCAACCAUUCGUAUUUGCCAUUGUUCGUAAAGAUUGUAUGCGUAUUCUUCGUGAAACUAGGUUCGAUCUUAGUUUUACUAGAAUAUCUUCUCAUCCAUCGCUUCCAGAAACUCAUGUUCUUAUGUCCGAAAAUCUUGAAUGUACUGAACGCGUACUUAACCUCCCUCAAUUUCUCCCUUCUCUUCAGUCUUGCUUGAAGAAUCUCGAGUAUCUUAUCAUUACUGAUCAACCUUCUGCUCCCCCUGCAAAUGAAAAAGAAUAUGUUGAACAACCUCGUAUCGAUGCUUCUAUGCGUGUCGAUAAUGUGGCUUCAAUUAGUGAGCUUCAAACUCUUCAGGCUAGUGAUUUAUUUACUGCUUUAUUGUCGAUCGCUGAUAACACGUCUAAAUUCCAAUGGCGACCCGAGAUAACCAGAAAAUUGACUUCCUCUCGUAAACUGGCCCUUGAAGAAGUUGUUCAUGCUUCCGCUGCUAAGAAAGCUGCAAAAAGUAAGAAGUCCACUACUUCAGAUAUUAACAACCUUCCUGAAGCUGAACAAAAGAAGCGUAUGGAUCGAGAACGUCAACGCAAAAUUAAGAAGCGCGGCAAGCGCGUCUAGACGAAAUGAUUACAGUCCUGACCAUUGAUUCUCUUUUUUAGUAAUAAAGCUAAUUCUACAUAUUUUACGAUAUACAAUAAUACACACUAUAUAUCCAAAGGCUCAUUUU